AUGGAUUCCGCUUCUGCCGAGGGGUUUUCCGUCUUGAUAGUACUUCACUUUCUGCCUCUGCCGCCGCACAUCACCGUAAAUGCACCCUGGGACGACAUCAUUACUCACCCGGCCUUCAACACCACCCCCUUCACAAUCAACACGACUAUCCGACUCUUCCCUGACAACCACGGCCUGCCGCACAGGGCCGUCAGCAUCAGAAUCCUCAUCUCCUUUGGGCGUGCUCCGCUUCAGGCAGUCGGCGACGUGCAUCCGAAUGGUCCCGAUCACGGGAUCGCUGUCCGCGAGUCGAGUGUUGUGAGUGUAAGCUCAAGCAGUUCGAGCCGUUCGAGCCAGUCAAGUAGCCCACCUCCGAGUGAUGGAUUCCCGACACACCGUGAACCUCUGACAGGCACCUUCGAUCCGACGGACGGUACGUACAUCAUAGACGUGGCAUCGCAAUCGGUAGAAGCCGCUUUGCAUGCGGCCGAUGGCGCAAGCGAGUCGAGUAUUAUGAGCCCGAGCAGCACAUCUGCAAACGAUGCGCAUCCGAUAGACGGUGAUGUCACGCCUAUCAUAGACGCUUUACAACCGAUAGAAGACGCUUCGCACGCGGUUCGGGGUGCAAGAGAGUCGAGAGUGGUGAGCUCGAGCGGCACACCUGCGAAUGAUUCACACCCGAUAGGCAGGGCACUUCUGAGAGGCGGUUACCAUCCGACACAAGGCGCAGACCACGUAACCGUUUUACAGUCGAUCGAAGACGGUUCGCGUGCCGUGGAUGGUGCACGAGCGCCAAGCGAGUCAAGUAUUAUGAUUUCAAGCGACACGUCUGCAAAUAGUCCACACUAUACAGACGACGACGAUAUAUGCUUUGUGGAUGUUCUCCCUUCGAUAGAAGGCGGUGUGCAGGUGGUUGAUGGCGCACAAGCGACAGACGGUGCAAGCGAGUCCAGCGCUGCAGGCCGAAGCGGCUCACUCCCUUCCAGCCGUUCAACCCGAUCAAGCGUAUUUGACAACGACUACUAG